UGCUGUUGCUCCAGCUGCACUUGCUGCGGGCGCUGGCGCAAGAUGAUGUUGCACCGUAUUUCAAGACAGAGCCAGGCCUGCCACAGAUCCACCUGGAAGGGAACCGCCUUGUCCUCACCUGCCUGGCUGAAGGGAGCUGGCCUCUGGAAUUCAAGUGGACACACAACGACAGUGAGCUCACCACCUACAGCAGCGAAUAUAAGUAUAUCAUCCCCUCUUUACAGAAGCUGGAUGCCGGGUUUUACCGCUGCGUGGUGCGGAACAGGAUGGGAGCUCUCUUGCAGAGGAAAUCAGAAGUACAAGUGGCAUAUAUGGGGAAUUUCAUGGAUACAGACCAGAGGAAAACAGUUUCUCAAGGACAUGCAGCGAUUCUAAACUUAGUGCCCAUCAUCAGCUGCCCCAGACCGCAAGUGACGUGGUUUAGAGAAGGACACAAGAUUAUUCCAAGCAGCAGAAUAGCCAUCACAUUGGAGAAUCAGUUGGUGAUCCUUGCUACAAAAGAGAGUGAUGCUGGGGCUUACUACGUGCAGGCUGUGAACGAGAGGAACGGCGAGAACAAGACAAGCCCCUUCAUCCACCUGAGCAUAGCACGAGAUACUGGCACCCAUGAAGCCAUGGCCCCUGUCAUCGUGGUUGCCCCGGGCAACAGAAGUGUGGUAGCAGGGUCCAGUGAGACUACCUUGGAGUGCAUAGCCAAUGCCAGGCCCGUGGAGGAGCUGAGUGUGCACUGGAAGAGAAACGGAGUUCCACUCACAAGUGGACUGCACAGCUAUGGGAGGCGCCUCACCAUCAGCAACCCGACGUCAGCAGACACUGGGCUGUACGUGUGCGAGGCGACUCUCCGUGGAAGUGCAUUUGAGCCAGCCAGGGCCAAAGCCUUCCUCUCUAUCAUAGAGCCACCAUAUUUCACUGCUGAGCCAGAGAGUCGGAUUUUAGGUGAAGUGGAAGAAACCGUGGACAUCCCAUGUCGAGCCAUGGGGGUUCCUCUCCCCACCCUCCAGUGGUACAAAGAUGCUGUCCCCCUGAGCAAGCUCCAGAACCCGAGGUACAGAGUGCUCCCCAGCGGAGGCUUGCACAUUCAGAAGCUGAGUCCAGAAGACUCUGGAAUCUUCCAGUGCUUUGCCAAUAAUGAAGGAGGAGAGAUCCAGACCCACACCUACCUGGAUGUAACCAAUAUUGCUCCUGCCUUCACCCAGCGUCCAGUGGACACCAGGGUCACUGACGGGAUGACAGCUGUCCUGAGGUGUGAGGUGUCUGGGGCUCCCAAACCUGCGAUCACAUGGAAGAGAGGAAACCUCAUUCUGGCCAGUGGCUCUGUCCGGAUUCCGAGGUUCAUGCUGCUGGAAUCUGGGGGGCUGCGGAUAGCCCCCGUCUUCAUCCAGGAUGCUGGCAACUACACCUGUUAUGCGGCCAAUACCGAGGGCUCUGUGAAUGCAUCCGCCACGCUCACCGUAUGGAAUCGAACGUCCAUCGUUCACCCUCCAGAGGACCGCGUUGUGAUUAAGGGGACGACAGCCACCCUGUGCUGUGGAGCCACCCACGACCCUCGGACCUCUCUCCGCUACGUUUGGAAAAAGGACAACGUGGCCAUCACACCAUCCAGCAGCUCGAGAAUUGUGGUGGAGAAGGACGGGUCCCUUCUCAUUAGCCAGACGUGGUCAGGGGACAUCGGGGACUACACCUGUGAGAUUGUGUCUGAGGGCGGGAACGACUCCCGAACUGCACGGCUGGAAGUGAUUGAGCUGCCUCACCCUCCUCAAAACCUCAUGGCCAGCUUGAGUCCUGCGCGAAGCCACUCAGUGAUGCUGUCGUGGGUCCGGCCCUUUGAUGGAAACAGCCCAGUCCUUUACUACAUUGUGCAACUGUCUGAAAACAACUCUCCAUGGAAGGUGCAUCUGUCAAAUGUUGGCCCAGAGAUGACAGGCGUCACUGUGAGUGGCUUGACUCCAGCCCGAACCUAUCAGUUCAGGGUGUGCGCUGUGAAUCAAGUGGGCAAGGGGCAGUACAGCACAGAGACCAGCAGGUUGAUGUUACCAGAAGAACCACCAAGUGCUCCCCCAAAAAACAUUGUAGCCAGUGGGAGAACCAACCAGUCCAUCAUGGUGCAGUGGCAGCCACCACCUGAGACAGAGCACAAUGGGGUGCUCCGGGGCUACAUCCUCAGGUACCGCCUGGCUGGCCUGCCCGGGGAAUACCAGCAGAGGAACAUCAGCAGCCCAGAGGUGAACUACUGCCUGGUCACCGACCUCAUCAUCUGGACCCAGUAUGAGAUCCAGGUGGCUGCCUACAAUGGCGCAGGCCUGGGUGUCUUCAGCAGGGCGGUGACCGAGUACACCUUACAAGGAGUGCCUACAGCACCGCCACAGAACGUGCAGGCAGAAGCUGUGAAUUCCACCACCGUGCACUUCCUGUGGAACCCGCCGCCCCAGCAGUUCAUCAACGGCAUCAACCAGGGAUACAAGCUUCUGGCAUGGCCAGCAGAUGCCCCUGAGAUUGUCACUGUCAUCACUAUUGCGCCCGACUUCCACGGAAUCCACCACGGGUACAUAACGAACUUGAAGAAGUUCACAGCCUACUUCACAUCAGUCCUGUGCUUCACCACCCCGGGGGAUGGGCCUCCGAGCUCGCCUCAGCUUGUGUGGACCCACGAGGACAAACCGGGAGCUGUGGGGCACCUGAGCUUCACGGAGAUUCUGGACACCUCUCUCAAGGUCAGCUGGCAGGAGCCCCUGGAGAGAAACGGCAUCAUUAUGGGCUAUCAGAUCUCCUGGGAGGUGUAUGGGAAGAAUGACUCUCGGCUCACACACACCCUCAACAGCACAACCCUCGAGUACAAGAUCCAAGGACUGUCAUCUCUCACCACCUACACCAUCGAUGUGGCUGCCGUGACCGCCGCAGGUGUGGGCCUGACCACAUCGUCCACCAUCUCUUCGGGAGUACCCCCAGACCUUCCUGGGGCUCCAUCCAACCUGGUGAUUUCCAACAUCAGCCCUCGCUCAGCCACACUUCAGUUCCGACCCGGCUAUGAUGGGAAGACAGCCAUCUGCAAGUGGAUCGUGGAGGGGCAGGUCGGGGCCAUCGGUGACGAGGAGGAGUGGGUCACCCUCUAUGAGGAAGAGAACGAGCCUGACGCCCAGACGCUGGAAAUUCCAAACCUCACACCCUACACACACUACAGGUUUCGAAUGAGGCAAGUGAACAUCGUAGGUCCCAGCCCCUUCAGCCAGUCAUCCCGGGUCAUCCAGACCCUGCAGGCCCCACCUGAUGUGGCUCCGACCAGCAUCACUGUCCGAACAGCCAGUGAGACCAGCCUGCGGCUACGUUGGGUGCCGCUGCCUGAUUCCCAGUACAAUGGGAACCCCGAGUCUGUGGGCUACAGGGUGAAGUACUGGCGUUCAGACCAACCAUCCUCAGCGCUGGCCCAAGUUGUCAAUGACCGACUGGAGAGGGAGCUGACCAUCGAGGAGCUGGAGGAGUGGACAGAGUACGAACUGCGGAUGCAGGCCUUCAACGCCAUUGGGGCUGGCCCCUGGAGUGAGCUGGUGCGCGGUCGCACACGGGAGUCAGUCCCUUCAGCAGCUCCUGAAAAUGUGUCUGCUGAGGCUGUGAGCUCCACCCAGAUCCUACUGACGUGGGCUUCAGUCCCUGAGCAGGACCAGAAUGGGCUCAUCCUGGGCUACAAGAUUCUGUACCGUGCCAAAGACCUGGAUCCAGAGCCCAGAAGCCACGUGGUUCGAGGGAACCAUACACAGUCUGCCCUGCUGGCUGGCCUGCGCAAGUUCGUGGUGUAUGAGCUCCAGGUGCUGGCGUUCACACGUAUCGGGAACGGAGUCCCUAGCUCGCCCCUCGUCCUGGAGCGUACCAAAGAUGACACCCCAGGUCCCCCCGUGCGGCUGGUGUUCCCUGAAGUGAGGCUAACUGCGGUGCGGAUCGUGUGGCAGCCCCCGGAGGAGCCCAAUGGUGUGAUUCUAGGGUACCAGAUUGCCUACCGCCUGGCCAGCGGCAGUCCCCACACCUUCACCACUGUGGAGGUGGGUGCCACAGUGCGGCAGUUCACAGCCACAGAGCUGGCCCCAGAAUCUGCAUACAUCUUCAGAUUGUCUGCUAAGACAAGACAGGGCUGGGGCGAGCCCCUGGAGGCCACAGUCAUCACCACUGAGAAGAGAGAGAGGCCAGCACCCCCCAGAGAGCUCCUGGUACCCCAGGCUGAAGUGACAGCCCGCAGCCUCCGGCUCCAGUGGGUCCCUGGCAGUGACGGGGCCUCCCCCAUCCGGUACUUCACGGUGCAGGUGCGAGACCUGCCUGGUGGAGAGUGGCAAACCUACUCCUCAUCCGUCAGCCACGAGGCCACAGCCUGUGCCGUCGAAAGGCUGAGGCCUUUCACCUCCUACAAGCUACGCCUGAAGGCCACCAAUGACAUUGGGGACAGUGACUUCAGUGCAGAAACAGAGGCCGUGACCACCCUGCAAGAUGUUCCAGGGGAGCCUCCAGGGUCUGUCUCAGCCACGCCACACACCACGUCCUCCGUCCUGAUCCAGUGGCAGCCUCCCCGGGAUGAGAGCCUGAAUGGCCUUCUGCAAGGCUACAGGAUCUACUACCGCGAGCUGGAGUCUGAGACAGGCAUGGGCCCCGAGGCCAAGACACUCAAGAGUCCCUCUGCCUUACGUGCUGAACUUACAGCCCAAAGCAGCUUCAAGACCGUGAACAGCAGCUCCACGUUAACGACAUAUGAAUUAACACAUCUGAAGAAGUACCGACGCUAUGAAGUCAUCAUGACCGCCUAUAACAUCAUCGGUGAGAGCCCGGCCAGUGUACCUGUGGAGGUCUUCGUCGGUGAGGCUGCCCCAGCGAUGGCCCCACAGAACGUCCAGGUGACCCCCCUCACGGCCAGCCAGCUGGAGGUCACAUGGGACCCACCACCCCCAGAGAGCCAGAAUGGGAACAUCCAGGGCUACAAGAUUUACUACUGGGAGGCAGACAGCCGCAACGAGACUGAGAAAAUGAAGGUCCUCUUCCUCCCGGAGCCAGUGGUGAAAAUCAAGAAUCUCACCAGCCACACCAAAUACCUGGUCAGCAUCUCCGCCUUCAAUGCUGCGGGUGACGGGCCCAAGAGUGACCCACGUCAGGGACGCACCCAUCAAGCCGCUCCCGGGCCCCCCAGCUUCUUGGCCUUCUCAGAAAUAACCUCCACCACCCUCAACGUGUCCUGGGGGGAGCCAUCGGCAGCCAACGGCAUCCUACAGGGCUAUCGAGUGGUGUAUGAGCCCUUAGCACCCGUGCAAGGUGUAAGCAAGGUGGUGACUGUGGAUGUAAAAGGGAACUGGCAGCGGUGGCUGAAGGUGCGGGACCUCACCAAGGGAGUGACCUACUUCUUCCGAGUCCAAGCGCGGACCAUCGCCUACGGGCCAGAGCUCCAGGCCAAUGUCACUGCGGGGCCAGCCGAGGGGUCCCCAGGCUCUCCACGAAAUGUCCUGGUCACCAAAUCUGCCUCCGAGCUGAGCCUGCAGUGGACAGAGGGACAUGCUGGGAACACUCCUACUACAGGCUACGUCAUCGAGGCCAGGCCAUCAGAUGAAGGCUUAUGGGACAUGUUUGCAAAGGACAUUCCCCGGAGCGCUACAUCGUACACCGUGGGCCUGGACAAACUACGGCAAGGGGUGACCUACGAGUUCCGGGUGGUGGCUGUGAACAAGGCAGGCUUUGGGGAACCCAGCCGCCCUUCCACAGCGGUGUCAGCACAAGCUGAAGUCCCCUUCUAUGAGGAGUGGUGGUUCCUGCUAGUGAUGGCACUCUCCAGCCUCCUCCUUGUCCUCCUGGUGGUCUUCGCACUGGUCCUGCAUGGGCAAAGCAAGAAGUACAAGAACUGUGGCACAGGUAAGGGCAUCUCCAACAUGGAAGAGUCAGUGACCCUGGAUAACGGAGGGUUUGCCGCCUUGGAGCUCAACAGCCGUCACCUCAACGUCAAAAGCACCUUCUCGAAAAAGAAUGGAACCAGAUCCCCACCCCGACCAAGCCCUGGAGGUCUGCACUACUCCGAUGAGGACCUCUGCAACAAGUACAAUGGCGCUGUGCUGACCGACAGUGUGAACCUCAAGGAGAAGUCGGUGGACGGGUCAGAAUCCGAGGCCUCCGACUCAGACUACGAGGAAGCCCUGCCCAAGCACUCCUUCGUCAACCACUACAUGAGCGACCCCACCUACUACAACUCCUGGAAGCGGCGUCCCCCUGCCGCAGCACCGCACAGAUACGAGGCGGUGGCAGGGGCCGAGUCGGGCCCGCACCUGCACACGGUCAUCACCACACAGAGCGCGGGCGGAGUCUACACACCAGCUGGCCCCGGAGCCCGGGCCCCCCUCACCGGCUUCUCCUCCUUCGUGUGACGUCACGCCUCCAUCAGGGUAGACGGGUGCAGAACUUCUGGAGUCUAUUUUUGUUAAGACAAUCAACUCCGAUAACUGAGCUGAAAUUUUUUGUUCCACAAAAAAAAUAAUAAUAAUUCUGAUAAGCGAUCUUACCUACUGGUGAAAACUAGGUUUCACUUAGGAAGGUUUUUUUUAAUGGCUUUUUGUAACAUCGCUGCAGGAAGCAGGUUUCUUUGUUUUCUUUUCUUUUUAAGAGAAGGUAUCUCCCUGGUGCACUAGCUCGGCACCGCCGGUGGGGGCGCUCUCGACACACCCCAACCCUGGGCUUCUCAGGCCUCCAGACCAUCGCGGAGGCGAGGGCUGGCAGGAGGGUGGAGGGGGACAGGUAAAUCGCAUCCGCGGCGCACUUCUCUCUCUACCUCCUUUUGGAGAACCAGCCAGCCUGGCUCACUUUCUCCAUCUUAGGCCGACUUGAGGCUUCUUGCUCUCGCCUGUGCUUCAGACAGUUGAUCUCCCCACCCCACCCCCGGGUUCUGCCCGGUUCUCACCGGGGUCCACGCGAUGCCACUGCGCAAGGGGCCAUGGAGGGCUCAGCUCUGCAGUCCCUCUUUAGGGUGGCGCGACCCUGGGGCUUUCCCCUCGCUCUUCCUCUGUUCUCUAAAGCUGACAGUUACAAGAACAGCAAGUCCCUCCCCCAACUGGAGGCCACCCAGGCCCAUCCAUGGCCAGCCAGGUCCUUCUGGUGACCACAGCACACAGCCCACCCCCGCUGAGCAAAGAGAGGGGCGCAGACGCGUGUUUUUGCAGUUGCUUGUGGCAGUAGCAGGUGUGCAUUGUUGAACCAGAGUAUUUUUUAAAUCUUUUUAUCUUUUUUUAAACUAUGUCACAUGAAAUGAAUGCGUCUUUGCUGUCUCCAGGUGCCUUUUAAUUCAUUGUUCAGCUUUGUACGUGGGAAAGACGAGAAGCGACCGUGUCUCCAAAUAAAACACUCGGCUCUGAGAAAACAA